AUGUCAGCUGCGAAUUCGCGCUUGUCAAGCCUGUUAGGCCAUUUGGUCCCCACGGGAAUCAAGGGCUCUACUACUGCUACACUACAGGCCGGCAGCGAGCAUCCUGUCAACUACCAUACACUUUCGCCAACGGCUUUCUUGCCACGUGCGGCUGCCAUCGAACCAGAGGCCGAGGCUAUAGUCCACGUCACAGCGAAUGGCCAACUUCUCCGGAGGACGUAUCUGGAAGCAGCAGACCGGGCACGAGGUCUGGCGUACUAUCUGAAGAAACAUGGAUUGAAGAGAGUCGGGAUUCUGUGUCCGAAUACUCCUGCUUUUCUGGAGUCGAUUUUUGGGAUUGCUGCUGCGGGCGCAGUUAAUGUUGGGCAUCGAUGGGAUGUUUUAGCUGUCAACUACCGUCUCAAGUACGAUGAUAUUCAGUAUAUAUUCACCCACGCCGAGGUCGAUGCUAUUAUUGUAGAUCAGGAAUACCUACCACUUCUUGAACCCUACAGGAGUGUAAACCCCAGUGUGCCGAUCAUUGUUGACACAGAUACGGACGCCACAGAGGGCCAGCUGUCGGGCCCCUUCGACGAGGCGGUUUUGGAGGGCUUGAAAUAUGACUCCGACACGGGUGCCAAAGGCUGGGGGAGUCUCGAGAGUCAGGCUGCCACCGAAGAUGAUAUCAUUGCCCUUGCUUACACUAGUGGCACCACGGCACGUCCGAAAGGGGUCGAAUACACCCAUCGGGGUUGCUAUCUCGCCGCUAUGGCUAAUGUGAUCGAGUCGGGGCUUAACUUCCACCAAGGGCGCUGUGGUUACUUGUGGACCUUGCCUAUGUUUCAUGCGAUGGGCUGGACAUUCCCAUGGGCCGUUACAGCGGUGCGUGGGACCCAUUUCUGCCUGCGGAAGAUUGACUACCCUCAAAUCUGGAAGUUGCUGAAGCAGGAGCAUAUCACCCAUUUCAAUGCGGCACCGACAGUGAACACGCUCCUCUGCAACUCCAGCGAUGCCGAGUGUCUUCCAGCACCUGUCCAGGUCACGGUGGCGGCAAGCCCACCCACACCUCACCUUUUCGAGCAAAUGACCAACCUGAACCUACAUCCUGUACAUGUGUACGGAAUGACAGAAACCUACGGUCCUAUUACUAAGGGCUACCACAUGCCUUCAUGGGACAACCUACCGCCCAAGGAAAAGUACAAGCGAAUGGCGAGGCAAGGUCAUGGCUUCGUGACGAGUCUGCCCGUGCGAGUGAUCCAGACCGAUGUCCCGGAAGGGACGGUCGUUGAUGUCAGCCGAAACGGGACCGAGAUUGGCGAGAUUGUAUUCGUGGGUAACAUCUGUGCACGAGGGUAUUAUAAAGAUCCGGAGGCUACGCGGAAGCUCUUUGCUGGUGGGGUCCUCCAUUCCGGGGAUUUGGCAGUCUGGCAUCCUGACGGAGCCAUCCAGAUCCUUGACAGGGCCAAGGAUAUCAUUAUUAGCGGCGGUGAAAAUAUCUCGUCGGUAGCGCUCGAGUCCAUGCUGGUCACGCAUCCUGACAUCCUCGAGGCGGGUGUGGUCUCGGUGCCAGACACCCACUGGGGGGAGAGGCCCAAAGCAUACGUGACCGUGAAACCUGGACAACAGCUGGAGGGCCAAGCGGUGAUCGAUUGGGCGCGGAAUGUCAGUGGGAUCAGCAAGUUUAUGAUCCCUCGGGAGGUGGAGGUGGUGGCGGAACUCCCCAAGACCAGCACAGGGAAGCCCUCCAAUCCAUCACCUCCCUACAGACAAAACGAUUUGGGCCUUGACUUGCGGGAGCGAUCUCGAAUUAGAGUUCUUCCCAGUGCCUCCCCCCUUGGGUCUUCUCUAUGGUUUUACGAGGGUAGCGUCGUCUAUGCCGGCACGUCUCUCUCAGUUGGUGAGAUCUGGAUAGACACCUCAACGUAUUUGGAAUCCUCGAGAAUCGUCACCUUCGCAGCAGGCCUCAUGCACCACUCACGGAAACCAGCUCGGUUCUCGAGCGAAGCUCCCUCGGAGUCCUCCAACUCGUCAUCCCCAGACCGCACCAUCGAUGAUGAUACCGACUUCUUCACCUCGCAGGCAAAUGACUCGCAAUCAUCCGUUGGGCUGGGGACCGUUCGGGACACGAAUGGGCACAUGGAGCAGGAUGUGAUGCUCCCGCCGAUCGGCCGCCUUCCACCCGAACUUCUGAUUUCCAUAUUCUCGAAGUUCAGCUCCCCUGCAGAUAUGCUGAGCUGCAUGUUGGUGUGCCGAGGGUGGGCCGCCAAUUGCGUAGGGAUACUGUGGCACCGGCCAUCCUGCAGUAACUGGGACAAUCUCAAAAGCAUCACGAGGUCGGUGGGAGCUCCGAACAGGUUCUUCCCAUACUCGGAGCUCAUUCGACGAUUGAACCUAUCAGCUCUCACGGAGGCCGUCAGCGACGGCACCGUGGUUCCAUUUGCACAAUGCAAGCGGAUCGAACGUCUCACAUUGACCAACUGCUCUCAGUUGACGGACAAGGGAGUGUCUGAUGUGGUGGAAGGGAAUCGAUAUCUACAGGCAUUGGAUGUCUCAGAGUUGCGCUCUCUUACAGACCACACCUUGUACGCAGUGGCUCAAAAUUGUCCCCGUCUCCAAGGGUUGAACAUCACGGGAUGCGUGAAAGUGACGGACGAUUCGUUGACGGCGGUGUCGGAGCGUUGUCGACAGAUCAAAAGGCUGAAACUGAAUGGCGUUCCCCAAGUAACAGGGCGCGCCAUUUUGGCAUUUGCCCAGAAUUGCCCCGCCAUCCUUGAGAUCGACCUGCACGAUUGCAAGCUUGUCACCAGUCCCUCCAUAACCUCUCUCAUGGCUACGCUACCCAGCCUCCGUGAGCUACGGCUCGCCCACUGCACCGAGAUCGAUGACUCGGCUUUCCUAGAGUUACCGAAACAUGCUUCGAUGGACAGUCUCCGCAUCCUUGAUUUGACAGCGUGUGAAAGCAUCCGAGAUGACGCGGUGGAGCGGAUCAUUCAGGCGGCGCCCCGCCUGCGAAACCUGGUGCUGGCCAAGUGCAGGUUCAUCACCGAUCGCGCGGUUUGGGCCAUCUGCAAACUAGGGAAGAACCUGCAUUACGUUCACCUGGGCCACUGCUCCAACAUCACCGAUGCGGCAGUGAUCCAGCUGGUCAAGUCGUGCAACCGGAUUCGGUAUAUCGAUCUGGCAUGCUGCAACCGACUGACGGAUGUGAGCGUUCAACAGCUGGCGACGUUACCGAAGCUGCGACGCAUCGGAUUGGUCAAGUGCCAAUUGGUCACGAACGAGAGCAUCCUUGCCUUGGCACGGCCGAAGGUUUCUACGGGAGUCAGUUGCUUGGAGCGGGUCCAUCUCAGCUACUGCAUCAAACUGACUAUGGAUGGAAUCCAUACUUUGCUCAACAAUUGCCCUCGACUUACCCAUCUCAGUCUCACCGGAGUGCAGGCGUUUCUGCUGCCGGAGCUCACAGUAUUCUGUCGCGAGGCGCCUCCGGAGUUCACGCACCAGCAACGCGACGUUUUCUGUGUCUUCAGCGGCGAGGGGGUGUGCCGACUACGGGAUUAUCUGAAUCAAAACGUAACUCCUCAGCGGGAUCUGACCGAGGUUACCAUGUACGACGACGACGACGAACUAGACGAAGAUGAGGGCCAGGUGACUGGCCUGAUGCAUGCGGCUGCGAUUAACGACGACGACUACAUUGACAUUGGACAUCCGCAUGGUUGA